AUGAUCCAAGUCCCCGAGUCUCAGAUUCUAGUGCACAUCGCCGCAGCGAGCACCGCACAAGAUGAUGCCCGCUAUAGGGCCCAAGUCGCCGCCAUCUUGGACUUCCAGUGUGCCUCACGCCACCCAUUGAUGGAGGAGACCAACUCCUCACCUCCCACCAGUGCAGACAAUACGCACCCUUUUUCCGCGGAUGCCGCCGUACAGUUCUCGGCGUCCCCGACGACUCAACACGAGGCUUCGCCAAUCUUGCGGGAGGCGCCCCGGCCCGCAUACACGACCUUAUCCUCGGAUCCUCGCUUGCUCCCUAGGAAAGAUAGCCCAGCUCCACGCAAGCACAUCAUCUCAAAUCAUCCCGACUCCCUAGAGUCCCUCAUCAGCGUCAUCCCAGACUCCCAGCCGGAGAUCGACCAGGAACUAGUUCGCGCCGAGCAAUCUCGUGCAGAACUAUCGCCUCCAUCGCAGCUCGCUCCACCUCCCAAAAGACAUCGCACAGCCCCGGCUUCACCGGAUCCAGCGCAACCAAUUUUAAUUGCAGAUUCUCCUGCAACGGACCAGCCCGCUACAUCUCACGGGGUCAUCCCCAUCGAGAACGAACUGUCCAUCCCCACUAGCAUCCCCACUGGUUUCCCUGAAAUCCCUAUCGAAGUAUCCAGCUCAGAUCAAGGAAAAGGUCCAGAUCCCCCCAUCACUCGUACUACCACUCCCUCACAUCACAUGCCCGCGAACACCCCAACCCCAACCCCAACCCAAAACCAAACCCCGAAUCACAUCAAUCUAUCCACUCUCCCUCUCGAAAUCCACCCCCCAAGACCCCCAAUCUCCACUGCCCCUUUCAUUACCCACAUAACCUCAACCCUAGCAAUGCUCACAGAGCGUCUAAACCCAGCACGAACCUACAAACCAUCCACUCAGACCCGACCCCUCGACCCCCUAGAACGGGGCUAUUGGCUCGUGCACCUCGCUAUUCAGAACCCCCAAAGCCGAGAGCGAGAUUCAGACGAUCUCGCAGAUCAAAACCCAAACCCAAAAUCUGGAACCACUAAUGCCACUCAAAGCCCAACUUCAAGGCCAAAGUCAAAGUCAAAAUCAGAGCCAACGGAGAUCAUGCGGGUAUGGCCUUACCCGCUAUUUCAUGCUUUCUGGUCUUUUCUCUCAGACUUCGUCGGUAGGGACGGCCGUGCGGGAUGGGGCGUCUGGUGUAUCCUCGAGGCUGCGACGGCCCCGUCAACGCUCUCGUCUGACACGUACGUCUCUCUUAAAGUCUAUGCGUGGGGUGAGGUUGCUAUGCACGUUUACCUUUUGCUCUUCUUGGCGAGUGAGCGGCGGAUUCGUGGGAUGGGUGUUCAGUGGCGGGAUUCCGGGGAGGAGGUUGUUAUCCAAAUGCCGUAG